UGCGUCCGCCGUCAGUGGCGACCUCACCGCGGGCGGUGGCGCGGCUCGCGCGUCGGCGUCGGCGAGGAGGACAGGGACGGAGCCGGCGGACAUGCUGCGUGCGACGGACGCCUACGGGCGACGGGCACGUGGCGCUCCCCGACUCGGACAGCGACGGCCAGCGCGCGGCGGGGGCCGCUGGGGCGGUGGGGCUGGUGCGGGGGCGGGGCCUCCCAUUGUUGUGCCGCUGCUGACGGUGCAGGAGCCGUGUCGCCGCACGGCAACGCCCCUCCGCCGCCCUUCCUCCGGCUCCCCGCCCCUAGCGCCUCUUGCCCUCGGCGCCGGCGACUCAGCCUCCUCGCAGGGCGGCCUGGGCUUCGGCGGCGGCAAGGGUGCGCGGCGGCUGCUGCGCGAGCUGGACAAGCCCAACUCGCUGGACCUGCCGUGCGCGCCGCCGCUCAUCACCGUCACGUGCAACAUGAGCGAGGCGGACUCGGACACGGACUCGCCGGCGGCCAAAGCGGCGGGCGUGCACGCGGGCGGCGGCGGCGGCGGCGGACCGGGCGGCGGCGGCGUGGGCGUCGCCAUGUGCUACCUCAGCCCGUUCUCCAUGUGCUCGCGCGCCGACCGCACCGCCUCCGAGUCCAACCUGAGCUCUUCGGGCUACAGCUCCAUGGCCAGCCCGGGCCCGUCACGCUGCGGCUCCAACAACCCGCUGUGCCCGCGAGAGGUGAGAGACCGCCCGGGGGGAUCGGGGGCGGGCCGGGGCCGCCGGCGCCACGACGCUGGCGGCGCGGCGGCCAGUAGGCCGGCGCCGCGCGGCGCGCGCAGGCCUCCCCGCUGCUGCGCACGCCGCGGGCCGGCGGCCGGCGCGGGGCGCGUGGGGCGGCGCGCUGGGGCGCGGGCGACGCAAGCGCUCGCAUGCCGAGGCGGAAUGGGCCGGCCUCUGAGCCCUUCACGCUCCAAGGAGGCCGCGAGACCCGCUCGACCGGAGACUUCAUUUCGGACACCUGCUUCGUGGAUC